CUCCGCCUAUGAAGGGGUUUUAACAAUGAAACUGAUAUAAAAUAGGUCGCAAUUGUAACACUUUUGUUUACUAACGUUAUUUCUAAAAUGUUCGUGCUAGUGAAAUUAUUCUCUGUUGUUGCUCUAGUAGCACAUUAUGUAUCAGCAGUAGAGCCAACAGGAGAGCUAGAAAAAUUGGGCAAAGUUUUACAAGGCGCAUGUAGCAGGAGAGUUGGUAUUUCUGAAGAAGAAAUUGAAAAGCUAAAGGCAGGAGUACACACCCGUGACGAAAAAUCCAAGAAAUAUUUGUCGUGCCUCUACGAAAGUAUUAAAGCUCUUACCGUUGAUGGGGACUUACAGUAUGACAUAAUUAAAGAUGUAACUCUAGAAGCAUUAAAACCUACCGCACCAGGACCAGGAGUCCUCAAGGAAUGCUUUGAUAAGCAGACGGCAUCGUCUGAUUUUAUAAGUUGCCUAGGAUUUUUGUGACGAUUUUAUUUUUAUUAAUAAAAUUCAAAAAUGUA